CACAGGGUGCCCAGGAGAACUUUACAGGGGGGAGGGGGCUCCUUUUCUCAGGACUGAGGGAACCGUCAAGGCUGAGGAAGUAGCCGGCAUCCCCAGAGUGGGGAUUCAGGGAGAAGGAAAGAGCCUAGAUAGGUCGAGUCACGUGCAAGAGUUUGUCCAAAGUGUGUGUGCUCCCCACCAGCCCACAGCCCCUCCCAUCCACUGCUAAGGUGCCCUGGCCCCUGCCCUGACUGCAUCAGGUCAGCAGCCACCACGGGGUGGGGGCUGGGGGGGUGGGAAGGGAGUGGCAGUGCCCUAACUCUUGCCCGCGGAGGGACAGGAGUGAGCUAGAGCUCUAAGCUGAAGUCAGCCCCGAGGUGUCUGUGUCCUGGGGCCCUGGGAUGGGGUGGGGGCUGCCCUGAGGCUACAGGUGCAACUGAGGCUGAGGGGGAGGGGUGGGCAGAGGGGAACGGGAGUCUGUGGGGGAUGCCACCGGAGCCCCCGGAGACCUUAGUCCCAGGGUGGGGAGCCGAUCCUCGAUCCUCGAGUCCUGCUUCCUGGGGGCUGCAGGGCGGGAGGAGGGAGGGGCAGCGGGCAGGAAGCCUCCAGUAUCCGCUAUGGCCCUGCCCUCCUCACCCCUCUUCGUGGGACCUGAGAGGGAGCCCAAGCCCCGAGCCUUCCGUGAGAGGCACCACGGCUUCAGGGAGGCGCCAGCUUACCUCCGGUGCAGGCUCCCUUGGACCCGGCCCCGGGACCACGAGCGGUCUCUGCGGUGACCUUCCGACCCACGCGGCAGGGGGACAGCGCAGCCUCGGGAGCGUCCCCAGAGCCAUCCACCACGGACCCGGGUCCUGGAGACGCCCACCCUCUCCCAGGAGGCGCAGACCCCUCGGAAGGGUGGAGGCAGGGUCCCCAGGAUGGGCUGCAGCCCUGCCUCUCGGCCGCCCGUGUGUCCUAGCCGCCCAGCCGGCAGGCAGGCAGGCAGCAGGCAGCACUCGAGCAAAGUUGCUCAGCUGGCCGGGCAGGUCUGCCUCAGCAGUAACAGGACACAGGAAGACGCGCAGGCUUGUUAACCCCUUCCUGCUGGCCGGGCAGGCGGCUCGGGCCAGGUGGGAGGCUUGCCAGUCCCCAGGACAGGCACACCCAGGGCCAGAGCCAGGGCCGGUAGCCCACUCCCACCCUGUCAAGUCCUCCUGCUCCCAACUGGAAGAUGCUGAGGCCCACGAGGUCCUUAUCAGAAGCACCGAAUGCAAAACCCAAGGGGGCAGCAGGGGGCUGUGGCCGCUGCCCCCGCAUCCCAGCUGCGCCCCUGCUCUACCAGCACUUAAAGCGACAAGCCCAGCAUUGGUGAAGUUCUCCAGACUCUGGGCGCUGGGAGCCUGCGCCCGCUCGCCCGGGAGCUCUGGCCCAGAGUGAGGAUUUUGGA